AUGGCACAGAGGCAGACGCCUGUGGAGCUUGUCAGAUUCACCGGCUGGUACUCUGAUGCCUCCGUCACCAAGAUCGCCGCCGAUGUGGACAUUGAGCGGGCGCCGUCGCACCUGCUGGCCGACGGCGAUCCCGUCAAGGGCCUCGGCGACCUGGACGGCGACCUCGUCACCGCCACCGAGGAGCGCGACCUCAAGCGCGGGCUCAAGGAGCGGCACCUGUCCAUGCUGGGCAUCGCCGGCGCCAUCGGCACGGGGCUGUUUCUGGGGCUCGGCGGCGCGGUGCAGACGGGCGGACCGUUGGGAGCGCUGCUGGGCUACGGCACCGUCGGGCUGGUCGUCAGCGCCGUGCAGUUUGCGCUGGGCGAGGUGUCGGCGCUUUUCCCAGUGACGGGCUCGUUCGUGCGGCACGCCGAGGUGCUGGUCGACCCGGCGCUGGGCUUCGCCGUCGGCUGGAACCUGGUCUACGGCAACCUGCUGUCCAUCCCGAGCGAGAUCACGGCCAUCUGCGUGCUGUUCGCCUACUGGCUGCCGGACCUCAACCCGAGCGUGUGGAUCAUCGUCUUCAUCCUGCUGACGGCCGCCGUGGGCUUCUCGGGCGUGCGCUAUUUCGGCGAGAUCGAGGCCUUGUUCGCGACGCUCAAGAUCCUCAUGGUCGUCUUCCUCAUCAUCUUCGGGCUCGUCAUCGACCUGGGCGGCAUCCCGGGCGUCGCGCCGACCUACUUUCGCUUCUGGAAGCACCCGGGCCCCUUUGUCGAGUACAUCGCGACGGGCAACUGGGGCCGCUUCCUGGGCUACUGGAGCGUCAUGACCGGCGCCGUCUUCUCCUUUGCGGGCGUCGAGUCGCUGGCCAUGGCGGGCGCCGAGACGGCGAACCCGCGCAGGGCCAUCCCCCGGGCGUGCCGCAACGUCUUUGUCCGCAUCAUCCUCUUCUACAUGCUGGCCAUCCUCAUCGUCGGCAUGAUUGUCAGCUCCGACGACGAGCGGCUCAGCGACGAGUCGGGCACCGCCGCGCAGAGCCCCUUUGUCAUUGCCGUGUCCGCCGCGGGCUACCCGGCCGUGCCGUCCGUCAUCAACGCCAUCGUCAUCACGUCCGCGUGGUCGUCGUCCAACCAGGCGCUGCUGUCCGGCACCCGCGUCCUCUACGGCCUGGCCCUCAAGCGGCAGGCGCCCAAGAUCUUCCUGCGCACGACGUCGUGGGGCGUGCCGUACGUGGCCGUCAGCCUCUUCAUCGUCUUCUCGUUCCUGGCCUUUAUGAGCCUGAGCGGCGGCGCGCUGACCGUCUUUUUCUGGCUCAUGGACCUGGUGGGCGCGGGCGUCCUGGUGAGCUGGAUCUGCAUCGUGCUCAACCACGUGCGGCUGCGGAUGGCGCUCAAGGUGCAGGGCAUUCCGUACCAGCGGCUGCCCUGGCACAACAGCUGGACCUUGUACAGCUCUGCCGCGGCGCUCUUCAUGUGCACCAUCAUUCUCCUCACCAACGGCUUCUACGUUUUCACAAAGGGCAACUGGAGUGCCAGCGGCUUUGUGUCCUCCUAUUUGGACAUUCCGCUGGUGCUGGCGGCGUAUCUGAUAUGGAAGUACGUCAAAAAGACCAAGAUUGUCGCGCUCAAGGAGAUUCCGCUGGAGGAGGCGCUGCUGCAGGCCGAGCUCAAGGAUGCGCUUGACCAGUCAUGA